AUGGUUCAGUUCUCGGCCCUCUUUCUGCUUACACUGACUGCCACGUCAUCUGCAUUCCUUCUCGAAGGUCUCGGACUGGGAGGUCUCGGAGGAGGUCAGCGACAGUGCUGUUGUCCACCUCCACCGCCGCCGCCGCCUUGUGGAGGAGGCGGAUACGAGGCUCCGCCACCUCCGCCACCGCCGUACGCAACCGGACCAUCAUACGCGGGAUCGUACGGACCUCCGCCGUACAGAUCGAGAGCCAAGAAGUCGGUGGAUAUGAAGGCGUCGAGCGAGGAUCUGUUCUGCAACAGCGUGCAAGUUAGAGACAUCAUCAAAAAGGUCAGUUGAUUCUUGCAGGCUAUACGAUUCUAACUCAGCAUUUUCAGGCAAUGACCGACGACGAAAAGGCGUCGAGAGAAGCGAUCACGAGCCUUCUGAAGGCGCAACUCGAGCGGGAGUACGUGGUCAUUUGCUCGAAGCAACACUUCGAUUACCUCGCCUCCACCGACUCCGAGUUUUGCUCCGUCACCAACGAAGUCGGCCUCACUUGCUCUUCCUUCGUAUUCUAA